AUGGCAACUGAAAGCAACAACUCGUCGGCGUAUCUUACCAACAUGGACGAAGUAAAGCAAGUCUUCAGCCGUUUUGACGUCAACGGAAACGGCAAGAUCACCGCCGUGGAGCUCGUCGAUGUCAUGAAGGCUCUCGGAUCCGACACGUCUCUGGACGUGGUAAAGCAAAUAAUGGAGGAUAUCGACACCGACCGCGACGGUUUCAUUAACCUAGAGGAGUUCGCCGGUUUCCUUAAAGGAAGCGCUAACACCGGCGGCGAAGAUGACGGCGGGAUGAAGGAGCUUCAUGAUGCGUUCAAGCUUUACGAUCUGAACAAGAACGGGUUGAUUUCGGCUUCCGAGUUGCACCAGAUCUUAAGUCGGUUGGGAAUGGAAGAAAACUGCAGCCUUGAUGAUUGUACUAAUAUGAUCAAAUCCGUGGAUUCCGAUGGCGAUGGUUAUGUUAAUUUUGAGGAGUUCAGGAAGAUGAUGUCCAAGUCCAACAAUUCAUCCAAGUGA